CCUUGACUUCCAAGGGCUAUCAAUUUGUGAAAAUAAUAAACCUAAAAUUAAAAUUUCUUCCAAGUGAAAUGUGUGACAUUGUAUGUCUUGAAAUGAAUGUAAAAUGCCAGGAGCAUAUGAAAUUGUGGAGGAAACAUGGGCUCAACACGGCGUGGCUUUCUGACGUCAAUAUUUUUAACCAUAAUUUAGCUAAAAACUCCAACUAUAAAGUUACAAUUGCUUCAAAUCUCGCUAAUUCUGGCUAGCCAUUAGCAUUAGCUCAAGGCGGUUUAUGGCUAAUUUGCCAGUAAAAUAGCAGAGCAGUAGUAGAUGCAUCUAUUUCAACGAUCUCCUCUUCUCCUCUUCUUAAUAGACGAUCUUUGGAUUGUCAGCCAUUGACGUGUUUACAACCGGGGUCUUUUAGAUGAACAUCCGGAGCUGGGCAGUGUGGGUCAGCUGACUGUUGUAAUCAACUAGCGGCUGUUGUUAACAUCUCAUCUGAAGAGGAGCAGGAGGUAGAAAAACCAUCUCCUCUGUCUGCCCAAACGCACCCAGCCGCUCGCCUGCCGCUAAGCCCGACAACCGGCCACGUCUUCCCGCCCUCAGCAGGGAUGAGUGUCGGCGCUCCGAGAGGCCUGGCCAGCUCGGGGCAGAAGCUCAUCACGGAGAUCCUCCACCCGCUGUCCGCCGCCGAGGAGCCCCUGUCCCCGGGGCCAGAUGUCACCAUCAGCGCAGAGAAAGAUAAGGAGCCGGGCCUGGCCAACGGCACGCCGCUGGAGAUUUCCAGCCCYGCCUCUGCGUCGGUGCUGCUCAGCAGGCUGCAGCUGGACGGCGACCCGGAGGCCGACGCUCACGACCCGUUUGGCUCCGGAGAACCCCGCGACCUCUUCGUCACCGUCGAUGACCCCAAGAAGCACGUCUCCACCAUGGAGACGUACAUCACCUACAGAGUCUCCACUAAGACGACACGGAUAGAGUUUGACCUUCCGGAGUACAGCGUGCGGCGGCGCUACCAGGACUUCGACUGGCUGAGGAUAAAACUAGAAGACAGCCAGCCGACCCACCUCGUCCCCCCGCUGCCAGAGAAGUUUGUGAUGAAGGGCGUGGUGGACCGCUUCUCCGAGGAGUUUGUGGAUACGAGGAUGAAGGCUCUGGACAAGUUCCUGAAGCGAGUGGCGGACCACCCAGUUCUSUCUUUUAACCCACAUCUUAAUGCCUUCCUGACUGCCAAGGAUCUGAACAAGCGUCAGGGUCUGGCCCUGCUGACCAAAGUGGGCGAAUCUGUGAAGAACGUGGCCGGAGGCUACAAGCUGCGGGCGCGGCCGGCGGARUUCUGCGCCAUGGGAGAGUAUCUGGACAUGUUCAGCCAGAAACUGGGAACCAUCGAUCGCAUCGCUCAGAGGAUCCUCCGAGAGCAGUCAGAGUACCUGACGGAGCUGCGCGAGUACGGCGCCGUCUACUCCGCCUGGGCCGGCUCAGAGGAGCAGCUGCAGCGCCCCCUGGAGGGCGUGGCCGGCUGCGUGACGACGAGCUGCGGCGCUCUGGAGGAUCUGAGCGACAACAUGAGCCAGGACUUCCUUCCUGUUCUCAGAGAAUACGUUCUCUACAUUGAGUCUAUGAAGAACGUUUUGAGGAAGCGGGACCAAGUUCAAGCAGAGUACGAGGGCCGCCUGGAAGCGGCCGUGUUGCGCAAACAAGAAGAUCGGACGCCCAUUCCUGUGGAAGUGGAGAAGUGCCAGGACAAAGUGGAGUGUUUCAACGCUGACCUGAAAGCAGACUGGGAACGCUGGCAGCGGAACAAGAGGCAAGACUUCAAACAGCUCCUCACGGGCAUGGCCGACAAAAACAUCAGCUACUAUGAGAAGAGCCAGGCAGCGUGGGAGUCCCUCAUAACGCUCCUCCAGGAAAAACAGACUGAGGACAAAACGAGCGAGACGAACUGAAAACUGAACGCGUACUUGAACGUCGCACUCAGCCAAGCCAAGGAAAACCAGCGACGGGGCAGCAGGUUCUAACCGCCAGCGGUCCGCCUCCUGCUGCCCUGAGAGAAACAAUGACGGUGACGCGGAGAGCGGCCGCCUUCCACGCCGAUUCGGCCUGGGAAGAAAGGUAAUGAGUGGUGUGUUUGAGGUCUGCUGGGACAGUAGAGAAUCUUCUGUACAGAUCCGUCGUUUUUUUUUUUUUCUAUUUUUAUGGACUUUUUCUACCUAAUAUUUCAGAUUAAUGGUCUUUUUUGUGUGUAUGUUUUUUUUUUUGUUGUUGUUGCCAAUGCUGCUUGUGUUUAUUUAACUACAUUUGUGGAGAGAUGCGUUUUUCGUCCGCCCUCUCCGUUUUCACACUGAGCCAAAUGGGUAUCGAGGACCGGAAAUGCCGCAGUUCAAUAUAUCAAUAUUGGUUGGUAAAUAAAUAUUUAUAUAUGCGAUAAUUCAGUUAAAGUUGUAAAGAAGUUUCGAAUAAUCACACAUUUAGUGAUUAUUAUUUAUUAAAAACUUUAUCAUGAAGAAUAACGAAAUGAGAAAAUAGAUUUUUUUUUUUUUGAGCUAAUACCAGUCAUGAUGAUUUAAAAAAAAAUUUACUUGACACUUUCGUCUGCUUGUUUUGUUAGAACUGGUAAUGGAAGUGUUUAGGCGGGGCUAGCGCUGCUACAGACAAGAGGAUUGGUCUACAGCCGAAUUGAUGUGCAGCAUAACCAAUCAGAUUUGAUCAUUUUUAUAAUUUCUUUCUCAAAUGCAGCACUGAACCUAUGACAAAAUUUACAUAGUUAUAAAUAAUGUGAUUGACUAAUUUUUCAUUAAUAAAUUUGGAAUUAUUUUUUUAAUUAUUAGCUAAAUUUAUAGGUUUGUUUAUUUGACGUGAUACAAUUUUAUGUGGAUUAAAAUUGUGU